AUGGCUUCACCCAUCCCCUCAGACCCCUAUGUGGCCUUGGGAGUCUCCAAAGACGCUGAGCUCUCUGCCAUCCGCGCCGCUCACCGAAAGUUGGCACUCAAAUACCACCCCGAUCGAAUAAAGGACGAAGCUCUACGAGAAAAGGGCAAAGACGAAUUUACGAAGAUUCAGGAGGCCUAUGAGAUUCUGAGCGACCCUGCUCGCAGACAACGGUAUGAUGAUCAGGUGCGCUUAGCGGAGCUUCGAAAGGAGGCCAUGAUGAGAGAGCCGCCACCGACGAGCACCAACACUCGUACCUAUCCCAUGAGACCUGCACCGCAAGCUACCACAUCAACACCUCGCGAUUACAACGACCAAGGCAAUUACUUUGAAGAGGUCCGCCAACCUCGCGAUGCCUACGAAUACAGAGACUCAUAUGAGGAACAACCUCCACGAGGAACCUCGCGAAAGUACGCCGAGUUUGAAAAACGCUCCGCGCCACCUCCCAAGACGGCCGAAAAAUCCAGGAAACCCACGGGUGUUUGGCCUGGCAUGCCUGCAGCAAUGGCCGCAGGCAAAUUCAAGGCUCAAGCAGAGAAGAUUCGGAGCAGCAAGGCAGACGAAAAGCGAACUGACAAGGAGAAGAAGCGGGAAAGAACAGACAAAGCACAGACGAGAAAACCCGCCAACUUCGAAGGCACCGACAGCGAUUCCGAUUACACUGAAAUUCGCCCCUCGAUGAAAUCCUCUCGUUCCAAGACUACCUCAGCCUCCGAUCGUCCGUCGGAGAGACCACGCCCGACCCCACGGGCCGACCGGGCUCGUGACUUGGAGGAGGAGAGCUUUGAUGAGAAAUGGGAACGGCAUCACGAGGAGAGCAAGGCCUACAUGGCCAAAGCGACAAAUCGGCCCAGCCUGGAUCGCAAUGGAUCAGAUGCUUAUCAGUACUGGAUCGGAGAGUCGAGGGGCAGCGGCCGCAAGAGUGGCUCGGACAACGAAAAGAGACCUACAUCAUCCAAGGGCCGACGAACACUUCCGGAAGACUACUUUGCACCACCCUUUACUAAAUCUACCUCGUCUCCGUCCAACCUUCGGGCUCAUGCGGAAGAGCGUGUCCCACCCAGACCUACGACGCGGGAGCGUGAAAGGGAGCGUGAGAGAGAGCGCGAACGAGAUCAUGACCGCGAACGGGAGCGGGAACGGGACCGAGAUCGUGGUGACCACCGAAGACCACCCCCUCCAGGCCUCCAUCGUUCCCAGACUACACCGAUACCUAAAUCAUCGUCAACGAGAAAGGACAAUACACCGGCCAAGGGCUCCAACUUGAAGCAUGGCGAGACAACCAUGCACGACUCUGGGUAUGGCAGCAGCUCGAGUCCGCACACCCCCGAGAUGCGAGAAGAGAGCCCGCCCAGGUCGGGUAAGUCUCGAUACCCGUCGACCACAUCAACCAAGUAUCAAAUUGUCGACCCAGACAUUGAUGCCGACGAAUAUGGACGUACACCCAGGGUGCGCGAGGUUUAUGGUGACUACGAUGACCGCUCCCACAGGAGAUAUCACCGCAGCCCCGAGCCCAUUGUGGUGGAACCAAUCCGGGACUCCGAUCGCCGAAAGGAGAGACCGGACCGUCCUCGAGUUGACACCAAGAAAUCGUCUCGCGGCGCUGCUAUGAUGCAGGACUUUAUCCCACCCUCUCCUACCUUGCGACGAAACGAGUCGGCACGAUACGAGGACCGAGCAUCCCCACGUUCUCCCCGCGACACGCCACCCAUUUCGCGCAACAACAGCGGCCGGGAGAAGUCAUUUGGCGAGCCCACCGAAGAGCGAGAGCCCUCACGGUAUGCCCGACCAUAUCCCGCGGACAAAGUCCACAUCACCCCUCGCCGAGAACCGCAAUAUUCGCAGUACGAGUAUCGCGAGCCCGAUGAACGAAACCGGUUCCGUGACGCUGCUCCCCGGAUGACACCCCGGCGGCCGUCGGUGAACGCCUACUAG